AUGGACGGCCGAUUCCCCGUGAAGUGGGUAUUUCUGGGCUUCUUCACAGUCUUCGAACUGGGCUCCUUAAUAUGCGGCGUCGCUACCUCGUCGAAAAUGCUCAUUGUCGGCCGGGCUAUUGCGGGAAUGGGAUCCGCGGGCAUGGCCAACGGCGCUCUGACGAUUGUUGCUGGUGCCGUUCCGAUGCAUAGAAGGCCAGUUUUGGUUGGCAUCAUGAUGGGACGCCCUCUGGUCGGUGGUGCGUUGACCACAUAUACGACAUGGCGCUGGUGCUUCUACAUCAAUCUACCCAUUGGAGCACUAGUUGCCGCCCUUUUAGUCUUCACGCGCAUUCCCGAACAACGAGAAAAGGGUCGAGCCGUUGAAGUUCUACCGACAUUCUUCAAGACGUUCGAUAUCAUCGGGUUCGUCCUCUUUGCUCCUGCUGCAACCCAACUGCUGCUGGCCCUUCAAUACGGAGGUAAUCAAUAUGCAUGGGACAGCGCCACUGUCAUCGGCCUGUUCUGCGGUGCAGGUGCAAUGUUCAUCGUCUUUCUGGGAUGGGAGCACCACAUGGGGAAGGAUGCUAUGAUUCCAUUCCACGUGGUUCGCAAACGGAUCGUCUCCUACAACUGUGUGGUGAGCAUGACCUUGUUCGGAAUUACACUCACUGCGUCGUACUAUCUGCCGAUAUACUUCCAGGCAGUGAGAGACAAGACGGCGCUGGUUAGUGGUGUUGAUUUGUUGCCGAGUGUGCUGUGCCAGCUUGUCAUGGCUGUGGUCUCGGGGGCUCUCAGCUACUAUCUACCAUUUGCGAUUCUCAGCGGAAUCCUCAACGCUGUCGGGUGUGGCCUUCUGUCGACCCUAUCUCCCACCACUCCUACACGCGAAUGGGCCGGCUAUCAAGCUCUAAUAGGAUUUGGUCGAGGAGCAGGAAUGCAGAUGCCCAUGAUAGCCGUCCAGAACGCCGUCUUGCCCGACGAGAUGUCAACUGCCAUGGCCAUCUUAACCUUCAGCCAGACCAUUGGCGCUGCAAUAUUUCUUGCGGCCGCACAAGUCCUCUUCUCUCACGGUUUGAGACGUACUAUCCCGCAGUACGCCCCUACCGUCGACCCCGAGACAGUGAUUGCUGCUGGUGCGACUGGUUUCCGGAGCAUUGUGUCUGAGGCGAGUCUCCCCGGUGUUUUGCUCGCUUAUUCAAAGAGCAUUGGACAUGUUUUCUACCUGCUCGCUGCGCUGAGUGUGGUGCAGUUCUUCUUUGCCUGGGGAAUGGGCUGGAAGAACGUUGGCAAGCCUAAAGAGGACAAGCUGAAAGGGGAAGAGGAGGGGAAGACGAACUAUUGA